CCUUUAAUUUGCACCCUCCCCAAAUCUCCAUUGCCCCUCUCACUCCUCUCACUCCUCUCUCUCUCUCUCUCUCUCUCUUCUCUCUCAUCCAUGAGGAUCAGGAAGAGGCCACAGCCCUCGUCGCAGCAGGCCUCAGAUCCGUCCACAUCCACCGCGCCGCAAACCCCGCAGAAUGCAGGGAGGCAUCGAGAAUGGCUCGAGGGAGGUGAGGAGGAGGGGACGCUGCAUGCAAGUGUGGAUCUUGGACAGAAAUCUGGUGUGGCCAGGCGCUUGGCAUUGCCGCAGGACAAUGCAGCGGAUUGCGGCACGAUUUUGGGCCCACAGCAUGGAGCUGAUGAUAUUCAGAGGAGAUGCAGUGUACUGAAUGGACAUCACAGUCCGGACCAGAAGGGCAGCGUGACAUGCACCGGUGCCGUCGGCAGUAAGUCUGAGUCGCCGCCGGCGGUGGGGAAGGUGGAGGAACAUGUGGGUAACGGCGUGCUUCUGCCCGUGGCGCCGGUGGUGGCCGUGAAGGACGAGGAGAAGGUCAGCAAUGGCAGCGGUGGCGGGUCCAAGAAACGGCGCGGCCCGGCGGUGCUGAUGGAGGGGUCGCGGUGCAGCCGCGUGAACGGCCGCGGGUGGCGCUGCAGCCAGCCGACGCCCGUCGGCUACUCGCUCUGCGAGCACCACCUCGGCAAGGGCCGGAUGCGGAGCGCGGCCGCCGCGGCGCGCGGCGGCGUGGUACAGCUCGGUCGCACCGAGCACAGGGCGAGCAUCCCCGCCGCGGCGCCCAAGGCCGAGGGGCCGAGCCUGCCGCGCUGCUAAGGCGAAGCGGCGUCAUUGCGAUGGGACCCCUUAAUUCUUCCGUUUUGGUGGGCGACGUGAAUUCUCGCCGCAUUUUCUUGGACCUUGAAUGUCGGCGGUGGCGUGCAGGUGACGGCACAGUGAAGCAAUUCGAUGUUCGCGGUUGAUCUCUGCUUCUCCGUGCCAAAAUUUCACCGCGACGGCUUCGUCGAUGUCCGAGUAAUGGUGCUCCAGAUUAGCAGUAGCCUAUCAGCCAUGCAACAUUGCAAGUUUUCUUGCCUGCACGGUUGCACCAAGUGUGGGUGGUGCAACUCUGAAUGGUAAAAGUGAAAGCUUUUGGCCUUGAAAGUGCAAGAAAAUGGGCUAAUCAGCGACGGGAAGAAGUGAAAGCUGGGGAAUCAAUCAUGCUACAAACAUCAUCUUUUCCAGCA